GCUACAAGAGCAGAAGUCACUUCCGAGCAGAUACAGAGAGAGAGGGAGACAGAAAGGUUCGUUGGAGGAAGAAGAAGAAGAAGAGAUGUUUGUUCUCAUCUUGGCGACUCUGCUUUUCUCUGUGAGAGUCAGCGAUGCUGAGACAGGUUCUUCAGUGUGGGGGAGAACAAGUUGUCCGUUGACAGAUUACUGUAUCACUCUAGUUGAAGGAGAAAUAACAGCGGAGGCCGGACUCUGUGUCGUGAUACCAUGCUCCUUCACUGUUCCUGAGGAUAUCAAAGUCUUACAUAUAGUUUGGUUUAAAUGUGACCCGGCUGGACAGAGAUGUGGUGAAAAAUACAUAUUUUUCAACAGUAGCACCUCAAGCGAUCAGGUUCAGUCGGAGUUUAAAGGACGAGUGUCACUGCUGGAGUCUGAUGUGAGCAAGAAAAACUGCAGCAUCAUCGUCAAUGACCUGAAGGAGUCGGACUCUGGAACAUAUCAACUCAGAGUUGAAGCUUCACCGAGUUCAGGUUCAUAUAAAUUCCCCCAAAGAGCAACUGUCUCUGUUCAAGGUCUGAGUCAGAGGCCCACAGUGAUGAUUCCACCUCUGACGGAAGGACAGCUGACCACACUGACCUGCACUGCUCCUGGUCUCUGCUCUGGAUCUGAACCUACAUUCCCCUGGAGGUGGCGAGGAAGAGGAGAGAGCGACGCUGACCUCACAGGAAACAUCACGGCCUUCAAAACUGAGAACGUGACUGAGUUCGCUAAGAGACGCAGCUCGACUCUGUCCUUCUCCCCUUCAGCUGAACAUCAUGGCACCAACAUCACCUGCACGGUCCUCUUCCAAGGACACGUGAGCACAGAGGAGACGGCGACUCUGAGUGUGAGCUAUGUGAAGGAAGUCAGAAUAACCCAGAAUGCAAGUGUUAGUGAGGGCGAGACUCUGAAUCUGACGUGCAGUGUUGAAGGUUUGCUUCCAUCGCUGAUCACGUGGACCAAAGUUUCUGAUCAAAGCAGCAGAAAUGGAACAGGAACAACUCUGCAGGAAACCACAUUCAAUGACUCAGCUCAGCUCACAGAAGAAAGAGGAACUGCCACUCUCUCUCUCUCUAAUGUCAAAGCAGGGGAUGCUGGACAGUACGUUUGCACAGUGACACACAUGAACAGCACCUUAAAGAAAAAUGUCAACGUAACAGUAAUCUACAUGAGAGAUCCAGUGAUCACUGGAAACUUCAGUGUAAAGGAGGGAGAUUUUUUGAAUCUGACCUGCAGGGGCAACAGUUUCCCUCCCUCUGUUGUAGCGUGGACUGUAUUUGACUCCAGCACAAACCUGCCCAAAGGAACUGACCUGAAGAAUGACUCAUCCACACUCAUCAUCCCUAAUGUGACUGCAGAACAUUCAGGUCAUUACAUCUGCACAGCAAAACAUGGAAACAGGACUGCGACUACAACUGCUGACGUACUGGUGACUUGGGGUCCCAAGAUCUUAACCAGCUCUGAAUGUGUGGUCCAGUCGGGGGUCCUGACCUGUGUGUGCAUCGGUGAGGGGAUUCCUCUACCCACCAUCAAAUGGCCGCUGCUGGAGGACCAGACUGCGUACUCAGUCAUUACCACAGUGUCAAACUACACUGUGAACAGAACCGUCAUUGUGAAAGGCCGAAAUGACAGCUCUGUCCAGUGUGUCAGCGGCAACACAAAUGGGGAAGCAAGAGAGAAUAUCACAACCCAAAUAAAGUCAUCUGAACAUGGCGAUCCACCCACAGAUUAUUUUGAAAGAUGGUGGCAAACCAUCGUUGCCUUUUUGAUCGGUGUUCUUCUCUCAGCCGUCGUUUUCUGUUUGGCAAAAAUAUGCAAGCGAAAGAAACAGAAGAGCCCUGAUAAUCGGCAUGAGACUAUAGACAUGGUGACUAAUCCUGAGGAUCCACUGGUUCAUAACGGACAAGCAGCAAAAGAUGCCCAGACCCGCGGCCGAAAGAGAGCUGAGGCUGGAUAUGUGGCAGCAGGGUCAAGAGCCCCGGAGCUCGACAGUGGGCCACAAGACGGGGAGUAUGCCAACAUCGAUUUCUCUUUGCUGAAAAGCAAGCGCCCCAGGGAUGCAGCAAUGAAACCAGAGACCACUGAGACGGAUUAUGCUGAAAUCCAAAAAAAAGUAAAAGAGGAAAGAGAAGAUGAUUGUGCAGAGGAAGGUGAGGUGUUGGCGGAGGCCGGGAGAGAUGAGGAGGAGGAGGAGGAAGAGGAGACAAAUCAUUUUGUCCCAGAGGAGGAGGAAGCGGGGGCCAUGGCAGUGUACUCCACUGUAAAGGAUUUAAGGGCUGAGAUGUAAGGAUAUCGAUUUUUUUCGAGGCGCUUGAGGAUACAGUGUUCUAAUCGGAUGUCAAGAAGGAUGGAUAUGAGAUUCACAGCAAAUUCAGCCUGUGAUAAACAGACAAGACACAGAACACGUCUUUACUUAGAGGGGCAUCUGCAUCUGUUCAACUAAAGGUGAACUGGAAGUUGGGCAGAAUAUACUUAUCCAAGUGUUAUUGUGCUUUAGUGUCUUUGCUUUGUAGAAACAUGUAGCCGCUAGGUGUGCAGUAUGCAAAUGUGGGACUUUGUGACGUGUCAUGUGACAUCACGGUGAAGUGGAAGUAUCAGCCGGACUACCGACGAGGCGUUUCAGAUGUUGGUUCUCAUGACUAAAGCCGCGGUUACAGCUGAGCAGGAAGCCUCUGGGUAAAAGUGGCGACACGCACUCGGAGAGGUUGACCAAUCACAAAGGAGUGGACGUUUUGGGAGGCCGGCUUAGAGCUAUGGCUUUUGUGGAUGGGCCAAGUAUUUAUCUGUUGUUGAUAAUAAAUAUCUGCAUUUUUUUAAGAUUUCCUUUGUAAUUUUGUCAUAAUGUUCCCUUGUGGUGAAUUAACUCUGGUGAUUCUUCAACUUUUUAUGUUAGCAUGCUGACAUUAGAUCUCCAGCACAUCACGUUUCCAGAGCUGCUAGUUAAUGUCUGGUUUCAUUUUCAUUUUGAGUGUCUGCAGCAAAGAAACUCUAAAAAUAAACGUAUACAUUUUUUUCAAGUAAACGGGUCAUUUGAAAGUUAGAUCCCUGUUUGAAGUUUCAGUAUAAGUCAUCUGUGGAGCUCAUACUUUGUACAAUAUAAUUGAUCUGCACAUCUUUCUCUUCUUACAAAUAAUUUAAACAUUUUCAUUUUAACUGCUUUUCUGUAAGGGUCAGAUUUAUUGAAAAGAUAAACAGCAAACCUAUAGAAAUCUAAUUCUAUAGCAAAAACAAGUGCAUUUUCAAUUGCAGUAGUUUUUCGAAAUAUUUUUCACUUCUAUUUUGUGGGUAUUUCACAGAUCACUGCCAUGUCUUUUAAUCAAUACAUUCUAAAUGCUUUUCUGAAGCAGUCAAAUUAAACUGGUAAAUGGUGAACACAGAAGAAAAAAGCUGAUAAAAUGUCAGAGCUCUUAAAUGUGGAUGCUCUUCUUCUUCUUCUUCCUCUUCUACUUCUCCCUUUGACAAAUGUGCUGCAGGAACUAGACUCAGACUGAGAAGUGUCUUUUUUUUAUUUGAACAGAAAACACAUUAGAUAAUGUCUGAGUCUUAACCUUCGAGUUGUCAACCAAGCCCUUAACUUAUAUGCUACAAUAUCCACAGGCGCUGUAAGAAGUCUUUAGUAUGCAGGCCUUUAUUAACUGAUAAGCACAGUCACAGUGUAUCGCUAAUGCAAUAGUUACAUCUUGUGUCUUGAAAUGUGUGAAAGGAAGUAAAUACAGUGAUGUCAAAUUUGCAUAAUAAACCAUUUAAGUUCA